GACUGUUCCUCAGCUCAACCCCCCUUUUUAGAAAUGAUCAGUAUUUAUGGUGUGGGCUGCGAUAGCCCUUCAAAGCCCCAGUCCCAGAUUAGGAUCCCCUUGCGCAAGGCACUGUGCAAACAGAACAAAAGGCUAGAAGGUCAGUUCUUUGCAGCAGGAACUAAGUAUGGGGUAAAAGAGAAGAGGUGCAGGCAGAAGGGGAGUGCCAGGACACAAGGAGACGUUAUGGGUCAGCCAAUGUGCCUUAGUUCUUCACUUCAGCAGGGUUCUCUCUCCUACAUACGCGGCUAGAAAAGGAGGCAUGCGGAAUACUCUCAGGAAAACUACUGAACCAGGGGGACUGAAAGUAACAGAACCACUGCAGGGCUUAGUAGGAGUAGGCUUCUGUGGCCUGCUUUGUGCAGGAGGUCAGACUAGAUGAUCACAUCGGUCCCUUCUGACCUUAAAGUCUAUGAGUCUAUGAGCGAAUACUCCACAGCCCUCAAGGGACUACUCCCAGUGGUGUGCAUGGAAAGCGUUUGUAAGCUGGACCCUUGUCUACAGCACUGUGCCUUUAAGGGCCUCUCGCUUUGUUGCCAAGUUACAGCCUGUGUCCUAGCAACAUAGUUUGUUACUUAAGCACCCUGUUUCUUGUGUGCCUGGUCAAUUUCCUGCCUCUUUGUCCAGCUUGGACCAGAGUCACCAAAAAGUCUUAACUCAAAAUGUCCCAGGCGCAUCUGCCGGAAGCAUUCACCACCUGUAACAAAGAGGCAGAGGAGGGUCGGUCCCAGAGAACCAGUGAUUACUACAGAGUUAAUGACAAUUUGCCAGCCAGGUUCAACCACCCAGGAUGGUUUCGGGGCUACAGAACGAAUGAGUCUCAUCCAAUGUACAGGACCACCAACCAGAUCUAUGGAAGCAAAGCGCCUACCGUACAUGAAAUGCCAACCUCCUUUAACAUUACCUCACAUGCAUUUUCGAAACAUCUUGGAAAGUGUGGCAUGUAUAGGAAUAAUGGGCUCAACACCUACAUGGAGAAAAGCGAUGUGACUGGCAUAGAUAACCUUAUCACCUUCUACGACAGACUCAACUUUCACCCCAGUUACAAUGGCAGUGGCCCAUCCCACUGUGAAUAAUGUUUCAGCCAUCAUGUCUGCAGUAUGACACCUGUUCUUCAGUCUACUGUCUACUGCCUGGUUAAAAAAAAACACAAAAGAACGAGCGAACAAUAGCAUUGACAUUUCCUUAGGAUUUCUGCUUCUCUCCUAAAUCUUUGAAAGCAUGACUGGAAACGGUGCACUCCUGCACUGAGUGAUGUUAAAUACACUUCCAUCUGCCACAUUAGCUUGCAGGAUGAUUCACCACAACAAACACAGGCUUCUGUUAAAAUAAUGCUGCAUGCCAUUGAAGCAUCAUUAAGCUGCAAUGGCAAUCUUUUAUUAUGCUGUCUGACUUGAGGUUACCUUGCUGAAGGAGAGCCUAGAUCCAAUGUUAGCAUGACGUAGUAGAAAAGGUCAUGAAAACGGAAUAAAAUGAGUCAAUGAGCACGGAUGAAAACUCUGUCAUUGAGAGAAUAAUAAGAGCAAAAUGCUGCUUUAGAGCAGGUGUGUUAAUAAAGAAAAAAAAUCUGGAAAAAUGUUUGUUGUUUUAUUAAAAUGCCUGUGAACACAAGUGAAUUUAAUGCUUGUUAAACAUAAAUGGAUGGCUCCACUCCACAGGCAGCCAGCACACACACUUUCCCAUGCCACGCUGCCCUGGCAGUGUGCCUCAGGAAUGCCCAGCAAACACCACUGAGAGAAGUUCAGAGAAGUUCUACGACCCCCUCCUAUCUUGGGCCUCUGCUCAGAUUGUCAAGUAAGGGCUACACUUAUUCUGGGUUAGAAGGGACCAUUGUGAUCUCUGGUCUGACUUCCUGUAUAACAGGCCACAGAACUUCCUCAAAACAAUUCCUAGAGCAGAUCUUUUAGCAAAAUCUCCAAUCUUGAUUUGAAUCCACCAGGGCCCUUGGCAAAUUGCUCCAAUGGUUAAUUAUCUUCACUGUUAGAAAUUUACACCUUAUUUCCUGUCUGAAUUUGUCUAGUUUCAACUUCCAGCGAGCCAUCUUUCUCUGCUAUGUUGAAGAGCCCAUUAUCUGCAUUUGUUCCCCAUGAAGGUACUUAUAGACCGUGAUCACAUCACCCCUUAAUCCUCCCUCUGCUAAAAUAAAUAAGUUGAACUUUCGCAGUCUAUCACUAUACAACAUAUUUUCUAACCCUUUAAUUGUUCUCAUGGCUCUUCUCUCUCCAAUAUGUUAACAUCCUUCUUGAACUGUGGACAGCAGAACUGAACAAAGUAUUUCAGCAGUGGUUGCAAUAGUACCUAAUACAGAGGUAAAAUUGCAUCUUUACUCCCACGCAAGGUUCCCUGUUUAAGCCUCUCAUUAGCCAUUUUGCACUGAAAGUUCACAUUCAGCUGAUUAUCCAUCACAAUGACUAUUUUCAGUCACUGCUUCCCAGGACAGAGUGUCUUAUCCUGCAAAUAUGACCUGUGUUCUCUGUUCUCAGAUGUAUACAUUUCCAUUUAGCUGUAUUCAGAUGCCUUCUGUUUGUGCCCAGUUUACCAGGUGAUCCAGACCGCUCUGUACCUGUGACCUGUCCUCUUCAUUAUUUACCACUCACCCAAUUUUUGUA